AUGAAGACUGUUGCUCAAACUCCAGUUGGUUCCAUCCUGGACCUGCACUCUGGGGCACUGUCGAUGGGGAAGCAGGUCUCAGGUCUCUACAGGCACUUUAGGGAGCAGAUAAUGGAUGUAUUCUCUGAAGAGGACGUCCGACUCAACAGGGAGGUGCGUGGUCGUAUCCAGGCAGUGGUAGCAACGACCUUUGACCUGGACCCACCUCUUCUGUACCUCACCGAGCCCACCUUCUUCUCACGCGUCAACAGCACUCUGGCCAAGACACAGCAAGACGAGCACUGGCACCUUCACAUAGACAAGGGUCAGAGAGACAUCAACCCAUCUCUCUUCCAUUCCUCGUUCUCUUCUCUUCCUCCUCCUCCAGCGUGAGUAUAAUUUUCUUCGGGGUCAGAGAACCUUCACCACGUAGAGCAGGUCUCG